UGCACUCGCUCGCUUUCAGUCCAAGUACGACCCCAGCGCUAUAGACACCGCGCCGCAGCUCCUUGCGAGAGAGUAUUAUAGUUGCGAGUGAUAUAUCGCCCUGAACUCAAGUGUCCGGUUCGAGUGGCCCUCGACUUUUUAUAGUAGACGACGUGUGUGCGCGCCGGUGAAGCAGUGCGAUCUGCAAUUAUGUUGACGCAGCACACGGACAUAAUAUAGAAACGAGACGGACAGUUUCACACAAGCCAGCAGGUGCGAAAACAGUAUUUCGCGACGCCACAGGAUUCGUUGAUUUUGUUAUUGUCGCAAUCAUCAUGCCAGAAGGUUUCCUGAGGUCGCUGCACCGACGCUCCGUCAGGGCCAGGCAGGUCCUGCUCGGCCAGGGGAGGCGCAAAACCAAGCGACAGAACUCAGACUCAUGUCAAUCAUCAGAAAACAAGGAGCCAAGAAAGAUCCAGACCGUGGUCCCCCCGGUGACUGCCGUGGACACGCCGCCGCGGCCUAAGUUGGAUCCAGGGAGUCCGAAAAACUUUCCCACCUCGCCGCUGCUGAUUCGACGCAGCUUUAAAAAGGCGCAGAACGACCCCAUCCCCGUGGAGAAGAUCAUCCUGAUGCAGGACAUGAUCAAGCAGGAGAAUAAGCGUGGCUUCGAGCGCGGAGUGGACGUGCUAAUGACUCCUUCGGACGCUAAGAAGCAGUGCAAGCAGGUGUUCGCCACGCCGGCCAGUACUCCGGCCACCUUCAACAACAAGAGCGUCCGCAUGGCCGCGGCAGCCACUCCCACCCGGACCGGCGAGGCCAAGGUGAUGCAGAGGAGCAAUUCAAUGACCGCCAAGGACACGCCGGCCAAGUCUGAAGGACUUGCUACCAGUUUCCUCAGACGGUCAUUCCGACGACGGUCCGUAAUGCACUUCAGCACACCGAAGCCGCGCAGGAAAAGCGAGCCUGGCACUCCAGACAAAACAGCAGACAUUUCUUUGAAGGAAAGUGCACAGUGCGCACCUUGUAUGCUGUCGGGCGUGGUGACAAAAGUGUCAUCUUCCGCUCUGAACCGCGACGGCCGGAGCAAGAAAUUUCUCGCUGCACUGGACGACGGCCGCCUCUGCUACUUCCCCAGCAAGCAUGACUACCUGACCGGAACGCGUGCAAAGGAAAUUCCGCUGCGAUGCGCAGCCGUGCGAGUUCCGCGUGACCUCGCACCCUCCAAGGUGGCCAGACCUCACCCUGCGGUGCCUGCUAACACUGUGGCUCUGACGCCAUUGAGGGACAGUUGGUACGCGAAAGACGAGAUUGAGCUGACGAAGUAUAAUGAGAGGACGGGCGAGGUCGUCGAAAGUCCAAGCUCUGUCGUCAAAACGGCUCGGAUUGGGGAAUCUGAAGGCGCUUUUCCGUUGGAAAUCGUUUCUUUUGACGGCAGGUGUUGGAGAUUCGAGGUUUCAAGCAAAUCUGACCGCGACACGUGGUUUUCCACGAUCGAGAAGCAGAUCAUGCGGGAGCUUCAGGUGGACAGCGGCAACCCGGCAACGAACUCGCCAAACGCCGCCGAACUGAGCACUGUGGUGACAGGUGAAAAUGCCCUCGUGCUCAGGGCCCUGCCAGGAAACGAGGUUUGCGCCGAUUGCGGCGACAAAGAUCCCGCCUGGGCUAGUCUUAAUCUGGGAGUUUUAACGUGCAUCACAUGCUCGGGGGCACACAGGGGAUUAGGAUCGCACGUUUCACGCAUUAGGUCUUUGGAACUGGACCACUGGACGCAAGAUCAAAUAACAGCAAUGCAGUUGAUCGGUAACAAACUGGCAAACGAAAUUUGGGAGGCCGAUUUAGGCAGUCUAAAGAAACCCAGUCCCGAUUCAAGCAACGAGGAAAAGCGCAGCUGGGUGCGCGCCAAGUACGGCGACAAGGACUUUCUUCGCGUCCCCGAGCACCCUACCAUUCCCGCUCUGAGGACUGCUGUCCUCAGACGAGACGUCCGGACUGUGCUGUCCAUAGUGGUCAGCUGUCCGGAGGUGAGCCUGUCCAUCCUGCUGCACGCGGCAAAAGAGAACCAGUACAGCGAGCUGGUCCAGUUUUUGCUGUGGAACGGCGCCAAGCAGGAGGUCGACAUUUCUAGUCUUGUGCACCUUAUGAAGACGUGUGGAUGCUCUAACCUCAUAUGAACUUCAGUUUAGAAAAAUAAGAUACCAUGCAAUUUAAAUUCCUAGAGAAAGUUAAUUUUAUGUUAAAAAAAUUUUUCAGAGAUCCCAAGGAUUUCUCUUUCAAUUUUGCUCUUCAGCAUAACGAUAUUGUGAUAGAUUGGUUUUAGAUGAGAUAACUUAAUUUCCAAGUGUGCAUUAUAUAGCUUUUCCGCGUACUAUAAGUUUCUUCCUUCUCUGUUUUGCAGAUGUUCUUUUGUAAUUCAAUUUUUCAAUCUGAAAUUAUUUUAGCACAAUCAGAGUUAUAACCAAAGCUUAACUUCUCCCUUUAAACCAUUUACGUGAUGGUGAGUGUCGUUGUUUGAAAAAAGUCGUUAAUAAUUCUAUGGAGUGUAUUUGAGAUAGGCACUAAAAUAUUAAUUACGAGAGGCACCUGAAAA